UGGGUCACUGAGCUGCGGUCAGCACACCCGCCUUAAGUCACCUCCCGCCGCGACGUGUGUGGGCGGCUCCUGUUUGUAGCGUGUCCCGGAUAUUGUAGAGAGGUGAGGUGGGGGGUGUCAUUACCACCGCCUCCUCUAUCUCCGCCUCUUCCUCGGCUCUCUCCUCCUCCGCCCAGCUCACCCGAACAACCCGCCCGGCACCGGCAGCAGCGAGAGGCAUCAUGGCGCUGAAGCGGAUUCACAAGGAACUGAAUGAUUUGGCUCGUGAUCCUCCAGCACAAUGUUCUGCAGGCCCAGUUGGGGAUGACAUGUUUCACUGGCAAGCAACAAUUAUGGGACCCAAUGACAGUCCAUAUCAAGGCGGUGUAUUUUUCUUGACUAUUCAUUUUCCAACAGACUACCCCUUCAAACCUCCAAAAGUUGCGUUUACAACAAGAAUCUACCAUCCAAAUAUCAACAGCAAUGGCAGCAUUUGUCUUGAUAUUCUCAGAUCACAGUGGUCCCCAGCUUUAACAAUUUCUAAGGUUCUUUUGUCAAUUUGUUCACUGUUGUGUGACCCAAACCCAGAUGACCCUCUAGUGCCAGAAAUUGCACGGAUCUACAAAACAGAUAGGGAAAAGUACAACAGAAUAGCCUGGGAAUGGACUCAGAAAUAUGCUAUGUGAUGCUACCUUCAAGUCUGAAUAAACCUGCAUUAUAGCUGGAAUAAACUUUAAAUUACUGUUUU